GCAACACUCAUUUUGACGUUUUUUUGUAUUGUGUUCCGAGCACAAAUAAAUUAGAUUAAAAGUUAUAUUCCGAGAGUCUAAUUUAAGACGACUAGGAUGGAAAAAAAAGGGUUUUAAUUAAUUAUGCAGCUUUAACGAAUUCUAGACAAAUAUAAGUUGGAUUAUUUUGUAUAAACAUGAAUAAAAUCUGUAGAAUUUGCUUAGAAGAAGGAGUACUUUCUUCCAUUUUUACUAAAAACUUCAAUAUUUCGCUGUGUGACAUGGUUGAAUACAGUUGUAACAUAAAGAUAAGCAGAAAUGAUGGUUUACCAGAACAGAUGUGCAGUAAUUGUAUUUAUAAAUUGGGAAUAGCAUAUCACUUUAAGCAAACUUGUGAAGGAGCUGAUCUGCGUUUGAGACAAUAUACUGGCUUAAGAAUACCGGAAAAGUUUGUGGAAGUUGCGGUAAUGACCGAUCCUAUAGUUCCCCAUACUAUAAUUAAGAAGUGCAAAUGUAAAUUAGGACAACAGAAAAAUAGCAGGACUAAUUACAAGAGGAAGCCUGAGUCAGAGAAAUUAAAAAGAGGACCCAAGCCAAAACCAAAACAGGUGCAUGCUUGCUACCAGUGUGAUAAGCAAUUCAGGUGCCAAGCACAGCUGGAAAUGCAUGUCAGAACACAUACAGGGGAUAAGCCAUUUGGCUGUAUGUACUGUUCACGCCAGUUCACUCAGAAGCACAACUUAACCAUUCAUCUUCGUGUACAUACUGGGGAAAAGCCAUUCCAGUGUGAGAUUUGUAGCAAAAGAUUUUCUGCGCAGGGUAACCUGCAGGCUCAUAUAAAGAUUCAUACUGGGCAAAGAGAUCACGUAUGUUCUCUUUGCAACAAAUCAUUCAUUACCUCCAGUGAAUUAACACGACACAUGUCAAAGCACCGAGGUGUUAAAAACUUUAAGUGCAACCUCUGUGAUGCUGCAUACAUACACGCUAGAGAUUUGAAACUACACAAAAUGAAAAAACAUGAUGUUUUAUCCCAAAAUCAAAAAUUGCCAAAUGAAGGUUUCAAUAAUAGCACUAAUAUAGAUAUAAUAGGUAUUGAUGUUGACAAGGAAGCACCUCCAAUGCCAGCAAAAGUCAACCACGAUAUUGUACAUCUAGUCCACAAAGAUCCUGCAAGGAAUCGACCAGAACACAGCCAUACAUUGCUGCCAUAUGAACAUAAAGAUGGAAAGGAAGUGUAUCACCAUCAAGGACUAGAGUCACCAACUUGUACCAUUUGCGGAGAAGGAUUUGAUUACAUGACUGCUUUAGCUCAACACUACUUGCAUCAACAUAAAGAGUAUGAACACAACAUGAAAAAUUAUGGAUUAAAUUUAACAUGAACAAGCAAGUCAAAUAAUUAAAAC